GAUUCCUCGAGCAUGUGUUCCCGACGAUGGAAGCCGAAAGUUCGAGUCCCUCUUCCGACCCUUGCUGUGAGCUGUGCCUGGCCAAGAGGGCGCCCUACAUCUGCCCGCGCUGCCACCUGCGUUUUUGCUCCGUGCCGUGCUACCAGGAACACGGCUCCUGCGCCCAGCUCUUCCAGCGCCGGGAGUUACAAAUACACCUCCAGGGCCAGCGGGAGGAUCCGGCCUCCCAACGCCGUCUAAAGGAGGCCCUCCUCCGCCUGCAGGAGCUACGCGAGCCCGGGGAUGCGGACCUCCAGCUAGGCCUCGAUCCCGGGUUGGAGCAGGUGGAGUCCGAAGCGCUGUGGGAGCAACUGAGCCCGGACCAAAGAAAGCGUUUCCAGCGGUUGCUGAACACCGGAGAGAUCUCGGCCCUCUUGCCCCCUUGGAAGCCUUGGUGGACGGGGAGCGGCCGUGCUGCAGCGCUGAUUCAGGAACUGGGGGAGGCCGUCGCGGUCCCCGAGACCCUCCACGCCCCCUUGCAGCAACCGCAGCCCUCCCCGUGCACUGAAGCCUUGCAGCAGUCUCAGACUCCGGGGCCUCUGCGAGAGAUCUCCGCAAGCACCCAGAGCCCUGCACAGCCGGCGGAUGCCUCGACCUCCGUGCCUCCGGUGCCCGUCGUCAUCCCCCCCCUGAGCAGCCUGACCCGUUCGCCCGUCUCGCCCCUGGUCCGCUUCCAGGUGCCCAACGUGCUGUACGCCUAUGCCUAUUCCCUGGCGCUUUACAACGGCGAGGCGGAGGAGGCCCAGCUGCUCCCGGAAUUCUGCGAGACGGUUCUGGACGUCUCGGGGGCGCUGGGGGCCAAGCAGGGCUUCGGGUCCACGGCAGAGGCCCUGCAGGCGGCCCUGCAAGCCAUAACUGUGGGGCGAUACCCCGAAUGCCUCCUGGGGAACGCCGGGGUGAUGGCGGCGGUGGCCCAGAUCUUAAUGGGGGAAUGCCAAGCCAGGCAAAAGGGGUAUAGCUUGGCUGCCCUCGCCCACCUCUCCCGGCUGCUGAGCAAGGGGAGGAGGCGGGUGCCCGCCGGGGAUCAAUCCAGGCUGUACACAGCAAAGAAGAAGUGCGACUUCCUUUUGUCCUGGGUGAAGGAUAACGAAGGGGCGUUAACCCUCCUGGCCCUGGAGGUGCAGAGAGAAUACAAGGCCCAUCUGGACUCCAUCAAGGAGGUGGGGGCUGUCACCCAGGAUCUGGAGAAGAUGUGGGGGGCCAAAGUGCCUCCACCCAAAAAGACCUUGAUAGAAGAAUUGGACUGAAGGGCUAGGCUGGAGUCUUGGAACUGGUACACGAGCUGGCCUUGGGUGGGGAGAGGGUCCUCCCUCCUG